ACAAUUGUCAAUUGAUAAGAAAUAUAAAUAAUAUUGAAAAAUUGAUAUUAAACUAUAAUAUUCAUUAAUCAUUUGUGAUUAGUGAUUACUUAUUAGUGAUUAUUGAUUAGUCUAUUCAGUGUUCUAAUUUUUCGGCGUUUGUGUAUUAGGCUAUUUCUCGUCGGAUUAUAGGCAUAGAAUAUUUAGAAGCGACAGCUAGCAAAAUUUACUAAUACUCAACUGAAGUUAAAUCUUAAAUCUUUAAAAUAAUAAAAUAUUAUUAAUAGUUAUUAAAAUCGUAUAUAAUAAUAAAUUAUACUCAUCAACUGACAACUACUGUUAACUAUGUCAGUCAAUAAUGAUGUUCAAAUUGAAAAAUGGUCAUGUAUCAAUUCUUUUUUUCAACAACUCUUCGAUAUUAAAGCUAAAAGUGAGACUGGUCUUUCAUUUAAAUGUUUGUUAUGUUUACCUAAACAGAAAAUUGUAUCUGCAUCUCAAUCAUCCAAUGCAAACCUCAGAACUCAUGUUAAGCUUGUGCAUUCUCAUCGUUUGAAUGAUUUCAAUAUAGCAUUUAAGAAAAGAAAUUGUGAUGAUAUUAGUACUUCAAAACACUCCAAGCAAUUGAAACUCAGGGAAGUUGGACAUAAUUCUGUUAAAAAAUUAACACAAACUGAGUUCAAUAAUGCAAAUUUAAAACUUAUUAUCAACACAGUAUCACCAUUUUCCCUUAUAGAACACCCAGCUUUCAUAGAUUAUUGUAAAUUAACAUCAUCAAAAAUACCAGUAUCUAGAAGAACAUUAAUGAGAGACGUAGAAAUUCUAUUCAAUAGUUUAAUUGAAGAAUUAAAAAUGGAGUUAAAUACAGUGCAAUAUGUUUGCUUAACAGCAGAUUGUUGGACAGUUUUUCACAAGGCUUAUAUUGGUGUAACUGUGCAUUGGCUUGACAGCAAUUUGGAAAGACACAAUAAAGCUUUAGCAUGUAGGCGAAUGCUUGGACGACACACGUAUGAUAACAUAGCUGAAAUUCUGGAUAGAAUAGUCAAUGAGUUUAAUUUACAAAAUAAAAUUACAUUAAUUGUGACAGAUAAUGCAUCAAACUUUGUAAAAGCUUUCAGGAUUUUUAAUGAGAAUUCUGAUAUUACUGGAAUUACCACAAAUGAAGAUGAAAAUGAAGAAGUUGUUAGGAGCGUUGAAAUCUUUGAUAUAUUGGAUAAUGCUAUAAUCGAUCAUUUAGAUAGUUUGACUUUACCUCCCCACCAACGAUGUGCUGCUCACACAUUGAACCUUAUUGCAACGGUAGAUAUUUUAGCAGCUGACAAUGAUGUGGCUUUCAAGAGGAUUAGUAGACGCGUGUUUGGAAAAUGUCAAACACUGUUCAAUAGACAAUAAGCAAAACCAAUCUAGUCAAAGUGCAGAUCAAAUUAAAGCUAUUCUUGGUCGUUACUUACUUACUCCAAAUGCCACAAGAUGGAAUUCAUUUUAUGAUUCAAUUAACUUGUUGUUUGAAUAUAUUGAAAAAAUGGAUGAAGUCUGUGCUAAACUUCAGGUGCCUUUUUUUACAAAGCCCCAGGAUGUCGAUUUUUUAAAUGAAUAUUGUAAGGUAAUGAAACCUAU